UCGCAGCUUGAACGGUAAAUUCGGUACAUGUUUUAGAUGUUCAUCAUGAGAGAGCAGGUGGAUGUGAUCUGCUGUAAAUCAGUAGGAACUGAUCUGUCCAUGCUGGAUAUUGAUGAUUUCAUCACAGAAAUCUCUCAGCUGAAGAAAGAGGUGACGUCACUGAAGACAAAACUGAUGGAGAGAGACGACAGGUUACAGGAGCUGGAAAAGGUUUCCUGUCAAUCUUCAGUGUGUGUGACUGAUGGGACCUCCACAGAAUGUCAGGAUUCAGUGUGGAGCGGCAGAGAUCAGUCCACACCACAGCGACUGCUGGACAAACUCUCUGAACAGAGAUCCAGAGACACACAGGACUCACAGCUCACUUUACUCUGUUCUACUGACGGUAAUCAGGGUGAUCAAUCCUCCACAGAGUCUCUGACUUCUGUCUGUAAUGCUGGAGAACAGCAGAUGCUGCAGAUACCAGUGAAGAUUGAAGUGAAACUGGAGGAGAUAAAAGAAGAAACCAUAGAAGAUGAAAAGCAUUUUAUUCCUUCAGAUCUGAUGGAAGUGAAAGAGGAAAGUCAAGAACUGAAUGAAGUGGAGAAGAAACUUCAGUAUCAGAAACAUCAUGAUUUAAUAACUGGAGGAAAUUCUUUGAGUGGCUUAAAGACUAAAAAUAAUUUCUCAUCAAUAAAGCCUCAAAGAAAAGCAAUCAAAAAUACUUGCACCUGUUCUCUCUGUGGAAAGAUUUUCACAUGUACAAGUCAGCUUAAUACACACAUGAGAAUUCACACAGGAGAGAAGCCUUACACGUGUCAUGAGUGUGGGAAAAGCUUUGCAUAUCCAAAUAAUUUUAAGGAUCAUCUCCGCUGUCACUCUGGAGAAAGACCAUUUGAAUGUGAUCAGUGUGGUAAAACAUUUGUUUUGAAUUCAGGUCUGAAACGACAUCUGAAAAUUCACACAAUUGAGAAGCCUUACAAGUGUUCUUUUUGUGGAAAGAGUUUUGCAAACCCAUCCUAUUUUAAAGAGCACCAGAUAAUUCAUACCGGUGUGGGUGUUCAUAUGUGUUUUGAAUGUGAGAAGACCUUUAUUACAGCAGGAAACUUAAAAGAACAUCAAAGAACUCAUACUGGAGAAAAACCUUACAAGUGCUCACACUGUGAAAAGAGUUUCUCUCAGUCAAAAGACCUGAAAAUACACAAGAGAAUCCAUACUGGAGAGAGACCUUACAAGUGCUCACACUGUGGAAAGAGUUUCACUCAGUCAAUAUACCUGAAAAAUCAUGAGCGAAUUCAUACUGGAGAAAAACCAUACCACUGCUCUUUAUGUGAGAAAAGUUUCAGAGCAGCCAGUACUCUUUGGAAACACAUGAGAAUUCAUACUGGGGAGAAACCUUACACGUGCUCACACUGUGGAAAGAGUUUCACUCAGAUAAAAUACCUGACAAUACACAUGAGAAUUCAUAAUGGAGAGAAGCCUUACAAGUGCUCACACUGUGGAAAGAGUUUUAUUCAGUCACACGAUCUGAAAGACCACAAGAGAAUCCAUACUGGAGAGAAACCUUACAAGUGCUUACACUGUGAAAAGAGAUUUAUUCAGUCACAACACCUAAAAACACAUGAGAGAAUUCAUACUGGAGAGAAACCAUACAAGUGCUCACACUGUGGAAAGAGUUUUAUUCAGUCACAACACCUAAAAACACAUGAGAGAAUCCAUACUGGAGAGAAACCAUACAAGUGCUCACUCUGUGGAAAGAGUUUUACUAAGUCAGAAAAUCUAAAAACACACGAGAGAAUUCAUACGGGAGAAAAACCUUUCAAGUGCUCACACUGUAUAAUGAGCUUCACUCAGUUACAUUCCCUGAAAACACACAAGCGAAUCCAUACUGGAGAGAAACCGUACAAUUGCUCACACUGUGGAAAGAGUUUCAAUCAUUUAAAUUCCCUGAAAACACACGAGAGAAUUCAUACUGGAGAGAAACCAUACAACUGCUCACACUGUGAAACAAGCUUCACUCAGUUACAUUCCCUGAAAACACAUGAGAGAAUUCAUACUGGAGAAAAACCUUACAACUGCUCAAGCUGUGGAAAGAGUUUCACUCAGUUAAGUUCCCUGAAAACACAUGAGAGAAUUCAUACAGGAUAGUCUUGUCUAAUUAUUGUGAUGACUCUUCUCCACCAGAAGAUGGCAGCUCCUCCAAUCAUUAGACUACAUGCACAUAUUGGUGGUAUGAUGUAAAAUUACAAGAACAUUUUAUGUAUGUACUGUAUUGUUGUUCUUGUGUUCCAGAUGACCUGGUGCUGAUGUCAGUAGAACCCGACUAAAUGUGAAGAUUUGCAAAAGCAAUGUAUUGACGUUUUUUUCCCCACAUGAGACAACUUUUUUUGUUUUUUGGAGUACAUACACUCACUGAGCACUUUAUUUGGAACCCUGUAAUAAUACUGUGUAUUAGUAACACUUUGUUCUUAAAACAGCCUCAAUUCUUCAUGGAAUGGAUUCUACAAGAUGUUGGAAAUAAUCCUUUGAGAUUUUGGUCCAUGUUGACAUGAUUACAUCAUGCAAUUUCUGCAGAUUUGUCAACUGCACAGUCAUGCUGUGAAUCUCCCGUUCUACCACAUCCUAAAGAGGCCCUAUUGGAUUCAGAUCUGGUGAUUUGAAAGGCCACUGAAGAACUGUGAACUCAUCGUCAUGUUCAUGUUCAUGAAUCCUGUUUGAGAUGACUUUUGAUUUGUGACAUGGUGCAUUAUCAUGCUAGAAGUAGCCAUUAGAAGAUGGGUAAAUUGUGGCCAUGAAGGGAUGCACAUGUUCAGCAACAAUACUCAAAUAAUCUGUGGCAUUCAAGUGAUGAUUGACUGGUAUUAAUAGGUCCAAAGUGGGCUAAUAAGACAAUCCCCACACCAUUACACCACCACCACCAGCCUGAACUGUUUGCACAAGGCAGGUUGGGUCCAUGGACUCAUACUGUUGGUGCCAAAUUAUGACCCUACCCUCAGUGUGCCUCAUCAGAAAUAGAGAUUAGUCAAAUCAGGCUACGUUCAUCCAGUCUUCAACUGUCCAGUUUUGGAGAGCCUGCUCCCACUGCAUCCUCAGCUUUCUGUUCUUGGCUGACAGAUGCAGAACCUGACAUAGUCUUCUGCUGUUGUAGCCCAUCCGCCUCUAGGUUGGAUGUGUUGUACUUUCUGAGAUGCAGUAAAGUGCUCAGUGAGUAUAGGGCUGCAAUUAACGAUUAUUUUGAUAAUCGAUUAAUCUAACGAUUAUUAGAACUAUUAUUCGACUAUUCACCAAUUAUUGCAAAGAUUAAUCAGCUUUUGGCCUGACUUAAAAUGUUGUAUUAAACAUGCUUACUAACAAUAAAGAGGCACUGACCGUACAGAGAAAUGCCAGUUUCGGAUUUUGUAGUUGUUUAAAUGAUCUGCUUCUGUAUUAUUUGAGCUUUAAUAAAGCUAUAACGUAUUAAAUAGAACUGCAUUUGAGAAUUAACGCCUGUGUGUUUCCUUUAAAGAGCUCUGGCUCUGCUUAUUCCACAACGAGAGUGCUUCUGAAUUUACUUAUUUGUUUUUGUUUAUAAUUCCCUCAUACUUUGGGAUCUACAUCACCUGAAGCUGUAGUAUAGAGUGCAUGGACUGUGAUCUGUGUAAUUCUUCUUCUCCUCAGUCAGGUGCGAGCUGCAUUGCUGCUCUCGUACACCAUCAUUACAGUUAAUGUGAUACCAUCCAUCCAUCCGUCUUCAACCGCUUAUCCGAAGUCGGGUCGCGGGGGCCGCAAUCUUCCCUAUCCCGAGCCACAUUAACCAGCUCUAACUGGGGGACCCAGAGGCGUUCCCAGGCCAGUGUGGAGAUGUAAUCUCUCCACCUAAUCCUGGGUCUUCCCCGAGGCCUCCUCCCAGCUGGACGUGUCUGAAACACCUCCCUAGGGAGGCGGCCAGGGGGCAUCCUUACCAGAUGCCCAAACCACCUCAACUGACUCCUUUCGACGCCAAGGAGCAGCGGCUCUACUCCGAGCUCCUCACGGAUGACUGAGUUCCUCACCCUAUCUCUAAGGGAGAAGCCCGCCACCUUUCUGAGGAAGCCCAUUUCGGCCGCUUCUACUCACGACCUAGUUCUUUCGGUCAUGACCCAGCCUUCAUGACCAUAGGUGAGGGUAGGAACAAAAACUGACCGGUAGCUCGAGAGCUUUGCCUUCCGGCUCAGCUCUCUUUUCGUGACAACGGUGCAAUAGAGCUCCAUUGUCCCCUCACUUGUGAACAAGACCCCGAGGUACUUGAACUCCUUCACUUGGGGCAAUACCUCCUUCCUUCAGUUUCCUGCUGAGAACCAUGGCCUCAGAUUUAGAGGUGCUAAUCCUCAUCCCAGCUGCUUCACACUCGACUGCCAAGCGAUCCAGUGAGAGCUGAAGGUCAUGGACCGAUGAAGACAACAUCAUCUGCAAAAAGCAGUGAUGAGAUCCCCCCAGUACUUGUGGAGGAUGUGUGAUUCCUCGGUAACUGCCCACAUCUUUGGAGAUUCACUUUCCACCACACAAGGGCGGAAAGAGAGGCAUGACCAGAAGGGUUACGGCUGUCAUUUGAAAGAAGGGAGGGGUAAAGGGGUUUAUGGGCAAGGAGGAGGCGAGAACCGGCUUGACAAUAUAAAUAAUAGUUUUAAUGCUAAACUUAAAAGACAACAUAAACACACAUAUGACGGACAUGUCCGUAAAUGAUCUCUCUCUCCCACACGAUCCUCUGAAGUCGACCUUUAUCUCUAAUAUUGGACCGGGCCCCGCCCUCUGCCCUGCCACAUUCCUCCCUCGUUCUCUCAGGCUGGGGAGCCCCCAGCAUGACGUACACCCCCCCCUUUCCCUGGGGGAGGGCGUGCCCUAAGCCCCGUUUGCCAGCAGGUCAUCCCCGUAUACCUGGACGAGGGAGGGGACAAGAGGAGGGAAACAGAAAUAAUUAAACUGGGGGGGGUACUUCCUGUAACAGUGUAGAACCCCACAAAAAAACAUUGUAAAAUUUAAAAGGGGGGGAAAGGCCAGUGAGAGAGGGGGAGAGAGAGAUGGGGAAAAAAAACCUACUCACCGGUUCUCCGAUAAACCGUUGCAUGGUCCCCGAUCACUACUCCACCCUCUCAGGCGGACAACAGCCGCUUCUCCCCGGGCGGAGCGGAGUCAGACUCACGACCCCCGGCGGUCAGAACGCCCCUCCACGUUCUCGGCAACUCUAUUGGGGACACUCCUCCCCUCCUGGCAGCGGCCCUACCACUCCAGGCGGUCGGGGAGACACAUCCCUCCUCCCCUCGCGGACGGCGAUCUUCCAUCGACCCCUCCGCAUUUCUGGGGGAUGGCAGGGCUCUCCUCCGCCCCUGGCAGCGGCUCCAUUGCUCCAGGCGGUCGGUCUACUCCCUCCUCCUUAUCGGUCUUCGGCACCAGUGUAAAGGGAUCAAUGGAAAGGAGGCGAGAACCGGCUUGACAAUAUAAAUAAUAGUUUUAAUGAUAAACUUAAAAGACAACAUAAACGCGCAUAUGACGGACAUGUCCGUAAACGAUCUCUCUCUCCCACACGAUCCUCUGUAGUCGACCUUUAUCCCUCACGGAGGCUUGAUUAGCCUAAUAUGGCACCGGGUGUGUAGGAUCACGACCCGGCCCCGCCCUCCGCCCUGCCACAGGCAGUUAGUUUACUGAAGAGAUCAUAGUAACCGGGGCAGAAAUAAUUUACAAAAAUGUGGAGCCCAACAAAAUAGCAAGUGGUUCAAGGGCCUAAUAAGGGGGAAGUUGUUUAUUCUAUUGCACCUUUAGAUAAGCUUACACGGGUUAAAUGGAUACAUUGCACUAUGUCGAAGCCUGAUCCUGAUGUUUUGCUUUUGUACUCUCUUCCAUGUGCUGGCCUUGAGACUUUGCAAUCUGAGAACACUAGAGGUGAAGAAGAAAUGGAGGAUGGACAGUGUUGGAUUCUUGUCCCACUGUCAGAGGAAAACCCACUUGCUACAUUGCCAUCUCCAACUGUUUCCCCUUCUGGCCAGAUUGACUCUGUAGUCAGUCCACUGCAUUAUGAUGUCUUGCAAGAGGUCUCAGGUCAGGUGGGCGAUAGUUUUUCUUCUGCUGGCACCAGGGAUUGAAACGAUUCCUGGAACUUCUUUCUCUAAUCUGACUGAGGGAUUGACAGUUGUUUUUAGAACCUGGUAUUAGGUGUGUUUUCCCCCCCUUUUUUGUUGUAUGUUUCAGUUUGUUUAACUUGGUUUACCCUGCAUUAAUUACUUCUUUAAUCAAGGGGUGGGUUGUGACUUUUUUUAGUGCUUGGCAUAUGGCCUAGAUUUUCUAAAUUAUGAUUUUAACAUUAAAUCAAAGUCAGAUGU